UUUUUCAUCACAUUCAAUUCCUUCUUUUUUUGGUCCACAUUUACAUUCUUAGCCAAAACAUAUCAUAUUGUUAUAUAUCCCUCUACCUCAAUUAUAAGCACUUGAGAAAAACAUAAAUUAUUUCCACUUUGUUUCAUUUUGAGUAUACAAACCAAUCAAGUCCUUAUAAAUUUUCCAAGAGUUAGUUACUUCAAUUUCAAUACUCAUGGAAGAUCACAAAAACCAAUCAGUUUCUUUUGAAUCACCUCAAGAAAGAAGAAAACUUCCAAAUUUUCUUCUAUCAGUGAGACUUAAAUAUGUGAAACUUGGUUACCAUUACUUAAUCUCAAAAGCUAUGUAUCUUUUACUCAUACCACUUUUUGGAGCAGCUUCAGCUCAUUUAUCAACUAUAUCAUACCAUGAUAUUAUUCAACUGUAUGAAAAUCUCAAAUUCAAUCUUGUAUCAGUAACACUAUGUACUAGUCUUAUGGUAUUUCUUGUGACACUUUACUUCAUGAGUCGUCCAAGAGGUGUAUACUUGGUUGAUUUUGCAUGUUACAAACCAAAACAAGAAUACACAUGUACUAGAGAAAUUUUCAUGAAUAGGUCUGAAUUAACAGGUACAUUUUCUGAUGAAAAUUUGGCUUUUCAAAAGAAAAUACUUGAGAGGUCUGGUUUAGGUCAAAAGACUUAUUUGCCCCCAGCAAUAUUGAGUGUUCCACCAAAUCCUUGUAUGGCUGAAGCAAGGAAAGAAGCUGAGGAAGUUAUGUUUGGUGCUAUUGAUGAGCUUUUGGAGAAAACUGGUGUUAAGGCUAAGGAUAUUGGGAUUUUGGUUGUGAAUUGUAGUUUGUUUAAUCCUACACCUUCUCUUUCUGCUAUGAUUGUGAAUCAUUAUAAGUUAAGAGGGAAUGUUCAAAGUUAUAAUCUUGGUGGUAUGGGUUGUAGUGCUGGACUUAUCUCUAUUGACCUUGCUAAGCAGCUCCUACAGGUUCAUCCAAACUCUUAUGCAUUAGUGGUGAGCAUGGAGAACAUCACACUCAACUGGUAUUUCGGCAAUGACAGAUCAAUGUUAGUAUCAAAUUGUCUGUUUAGAAUGGGAGGAUCAGCAAUUCUCCUCUCCAACAAAGCUUCUGACAGCAAAAGAGCUAAAUACCAACUGAUCCACACCGUCCGAACACAUAAAGGCGCGGACGACAGAUCAUAUGGUUGUGUCUUCCAAGAAGAAGAUGAGAAGAAAUCAAUUGGUGUAUCACUCUCAAAAGAUUUAAUGGCGGUUGCCGGAGAAGCACUGAAAACCAACAUCACAACACUUGGUCCAUUGGUACUUCCUAUGUCAGAACAGCUUCUGUUUUUCGCAACUUUGGUUGCAAGAAAAGCUUUCAAGAUGAAGAUAAAACCCUACAUUCCUGAUUUUAAAUUAGCUUUUGAGCAUUUUUGUAUUCAUGCUGGUGGAAGAGCUGUUUUGGAUGAAUUAGAGAAAAAUCUUGACCUUAGUGAUUGGCAUAUGGAACCAUCAAGAAUGACACUAAAUAGAUUUGGUAAUACUUCUAGUAGUUCAUUAUGGUAUGAAUUGGCUUAUACUGAAGCUAAAGGGAGGAUUAGAAAAGGUGAUAGGACUUGGCAAAUUGCAUUUGGUUCUGGAUUUAAAUGUAACAGUGCUGUGUGGCGUGCAUUGAGGACCGUUGAUCCAGCUAAGGAGAAAAAUCCAUGGAUGGAUGAGAUUCAUGAGUUUCCUGUUCAUGUGCCUAAAGUGGCAACCAUUGGUUCAUCAAGUUAGGAAGAAAUUUGUUUAAGGAAUUUAAUUAAUUCCACAUUUAAUCUUUAGGAAAGAGUGUGCAAAAAUACAAGAUUAAUUACUUUCAGCAGAUAUGUUUGAUAGUUUAGCAGCUUGUUCUAUAGUGUGUUGAAGUUGAAACAGUCAUAAUUAUUGUCCAUUUGAACAUUUGUUACAUGAUUUUUUGUUGCCUUCAUAAAAUGUGUACUAUGAAAUUGACAUUUCAAUGAUAUCUUAAAUUCAUUUAAA